UCUCCUAUCUGUUGCAAGAAAUGGAACACGGAAAUGCCAAAUUCUACAUGCCUUUUCGUCCAGAAACCUGCUCAGAAAAAUUGGAAAUUCCCAAGUGGUUCAAGUGGUUAUGGGGAGAUUUUGUAGAUGUUAUUCCAACAGAGGUGAUUCUCAGGAAUCGUUUGAUGAACACUUGGAGAGUAGGGAUAACAAAAAUUGGGGAGAGUUUAUAUUUCAAGAAUGGUUGGGCAAAUUUCGUGGCGGAUAACUCUAUCAAAACUGGGGAUUACAUGGUAUUCCGGUUUGAUGGUUAUGGCCCGUUCGAGGUUCUAGUGCUUGGAGUUGAUGACCUAACUGAUUGGGAUAAGGCGAUAAUAAGGAUGGAUGAAGAAGAUGAAGAAACACAAACUCAAGGAGAAAGGAAGACUAUUUAA